AUGGCCCAUCAAGCACAUGCAUAUCAUAUAGUUGACCCAAGCCCUUGACCCCUUACAGGUGCAGUUGCCGCCCUUUUACUUACCUCAGGUACAGCGAUCUGAAUACACUUUAAUUCUCUUGUCCUAAUAACACUUGGACUAGUCCUCCUAUUACUAACUAUAUAUCAGUGAUGACGAGACAUCAUUCGGGAGGGGACCUUUCAAGGCCACCACACGCCCCCUGUUCAAAAGGGCCUGCGAUAUGGUAUAAUUCUAUUUAUUACAUCCGAAGUUUUCUUUUUUCUGGGAUUUUUUUGAGCAUUUUAUCACUCAAGCUUAGCCCCCACCCCUGAACUAGGGGGGUGCUGGCCUCCUACGGGUAUUACAACCCUGGACCCAUUUGAAGUCCCCUUGCUAAAUACUGCAGUUCUCCUUGCCUCCGGUGUAACAGUCACCUGGGCACAUCAUAGCAUUAUAGAGGGCCAACGAAAACAAGCCAUUCAAUCCCUUACCCUAACCAUUCUUCUAGGGUUCUACUUCACCUUCCUCCAAGCAAUAGAGUAUUUCGAAGCCCCCUUUACCAUCGCAGACGGGGUGUAUGGCUCCACCUUUUUUGUUGCAACAGGCUUUCACGGACUCCAUGUUAUUAUCGGCUCCACAUUUCUGGCAGUAUGCCUUCUUCGCCAGGUUCAGUUUCACUUUACAUCAGAACAUCAUUUUGGAUUUGAAGCUGCAGCAUGAUACUGACAUUUCGUCGACGUAGUCUGACUCUUCCUAUAUAUCUCCAUCUACUGAUGAGGCUCAU